AUGUGUUUGGAAGACGAAAGUGAAAGUGUACUUCACCGUGCCGUGCGCGAGACGCUCGUGAAAAAUCAGCCGUACGAUGAAGUGAUCGGUUUAAUUCGAGCCGGUGUCAGCUGUGCAGUUGAGAACUCGAACCACAUGACCCCAGCGGAGCUAGCAUUGUCGUUGGGACCGGCCGGAGAGCAGCUGGCAAGAUUGAUGGUACAAGUGGAGUGCGAUAAUUUGCCACUGGAAGAAGCCUUUAAAAGGAUUCUGGUUAGGGGAAACCUGUCUCUGGUGCGUGUAAUGAUGGCGCACCAAAUGCUCACGUUUGACCGAGAUACAGUAUUAUCAGGCUUGGUUAUAGCUUUCGCAGAAUUGCGAACCCGAAACGUUGGCUUAUCAGCGGAAAUAGUCGAUUGGGUGCAAUAUUCGCUUGUCGAAGCUGAUUAUAAAUGUUCCGAGGGAACUAAAAUGAAGAUUGAUGAAAUAAAUUGUAGAACGACACAUUUAAUCGAAUGCAUCGAGUUCCUGGAAAAGAAUUACAGCAACGGUGACUUCGGUGAUAUGGACGAUCGGUUUGUGUUGUACUUACGGCAGAUACUCGAGCACGUGUUCUUUUUGAAGAACCAUUACAAAGCAAUACCACUUCUGCAACUACAGUUUUGCUUGGCGAUAUUCAUGCGGGUCAUUACGGGGGAAAGUGAUGAGAGCCAGGAUAUUUAUGGAUUCAUGGUGGACAAAGAUAUGAUCCUGGAUUUUUUAAAGUCAACAAAGGAGGUACUUAUUACGCCAGAAGAAGAGCCUGAUGCUAAAAUGUCCUACCUCUACCUUAGACAGCUACAUGAUACUAGUUACCACCGUUUGAAGAAAGCAACAAUACUUACCAUCCGGAAUAUUGUAACAAAUAAUUCAGAGUAUAAGACAAUAGCCAACAUCACAUGCUUCGAACUCCUUGAUCCACAUCAAAUUUCAUUACUACAAGAACUUAGCAAGCAACUGCAAAACCUGAAACAAACCGUACGAUACCGUAAAUGCUUCAAAAACUUAUUCAAAACCUAUCAAGCCGCAAAACAGUUUUACUCAGUUCGCAAAAUUAUCGGAAGUAUCCGCACCAUCCAGGAUCUAGACAUGAACGAACCAUCGGCACAGUUAACAUCCAUUGCAGUUUUGAAGCGAUCGCUUCAAAUCAUUGGCGAGGCCAUCAAAAGCACCAAACAGACUCCAAACAUUACAAGAAAGCUGGACAAUAUCCUACAAAUAUUUUCCUCUCAAUCGUUCGCCGAAAUGACCAAAGACUUGCGGCAAUUCUUCAGUCAUGACUAUUCCCUGGAAAAGCUACAUCUUGAGCAGCACUGCCCAGUGGAACUGUUUCGGUCGAUUCACAGAAACCUCAAACUGUCGAGCAGCUGGUUGUCCUAUGUACAGUUCCUGCAGGACGUUCACAUUUUCAAACGCUACCUGGCUAGACUACUGCGGAUGAAAGCGAUCGAACAGAUGCGUUCGUAUGUACGAUUUAUAGGAACGGAAUUCAAGGCUAGAUUACAGUCUAGAUACGAACCACACGAUAUCAAUGAGGCAUUGCUGUUGGUACAGAAUCUGAUGUUGAAGGCAAGCGAGCAGCAGGAGAGGCACACUUUUGAACAGAUCGAACGGUUGUUGAUUGUUUUCAGAAAUACAGUCAUGAACGAUUUAGCUUCGGUUGGCAACUUGAUCGACAACUUUUUUUUCUUGGAAAAGUAUAUCAAGCAAGACGUUGCCAAGAUUGAGCGAGUUCGUGUUAUUGUGCAGCAUAUGCUCGCCGCCAGCAGUCGUUGCCGACGACACAAAAGUGUGGAUAAAGCCAGUAUAAAGAUGGCUCCGGAUAUAAUCAUGCAAUUGAGAAUGAAGGAGAAAGAUCAACACAAGAAAAACAUUCUGGAAGAAAUUUGGAGAAGGUUGGUGAAACAAAAUGUGGCAGCAAUCGAAUCGUUGAAGAAGCGAUCAGUUGAACAAAAGGAUCACUGCUUGGCAGAAACCUUGCGGAUUUUGAAGGAGCUGGGAAUUAGUGCGGAUGACGAUGACUUCUUUCAGAUGCUCAAUCAGAGGUUAUCUAAAAAAUACUAUCGAAAUUUGUUCGAUCUAAACAACAAGUACCAUGUGCUCAGCGAAGUAAUUAAAGAUCGACACAUUCUUGGUGAUGUGAAACAGCUUAAAACCCAGCUGAAGUUGAUGCGAAGGAGGGACGAGCGGUACUUUCAAUCGAUUUUCGAUGGCAUAGUCGAUACAAUUCGAAAUGUUCUUUUAAAACAUGGUGAUCUCCAAAAUGUCAUUUCCGUUCAACUUCCAAUGGUGGAUGUAGUCGCACUGGAAUAUUUUGUAUUGCUGGUGGGCGAGAUUCUCUGUAGUAUUGGAAUAUUUAACGAUAACCUUCAGUCGGUGAAGGCAAUUGUACCAAUCAUAACCGGUCGUAAUUUAAGAAAUUAUUUAGCCCACGAUCAGUUAGUCUAUGAUGUUUUGACGAGCUCCAGCUCAUCUGUUAAGAUCAAUGCAUUGUUCCUUGCACAAAACAAAAUAGAUUUGUACAACCAGCCUUGUAAGCAUGAAUUCGACUUUUCUGCAAAUCAUGCCAACACCUUUGAAAAAAAGCUAGUGUGGUUCCACGCUCAACAUGAGUUCUUCGCAGCUGUAAAGGCGUUUGAUGUUGCAAAACUUGAGUGCCUUGCUCUGAGAGAUCCAAUUAACCUUCUCGGAAGAGAUCAUCUUAAUAGAGAUGUCAUAUCGAUGGCCAUGAAUGCGCAGCCAAGUUUAUUUAUCAACCAGCUGUUGAAUUCUACCGACAAGCCAAAUUUAUUCGAAUUCUUGCUCAGGCACUCUCCUAAUUUCCAGCUAAAGCACCAGAUCAACCAAAUACUAGCCCGACCACACCAGUUUUGUUACAGCGCAGCGAUUCGAUUCGAACUUAUCGAUCAACUGCUUGAUCUUAGAUCUCAUCGAGAAGUCAACACCAAUCUCAGCGAUACAGAUCUGGAAAGGUUUCUAGGAAGCUAUACACUGGAGUCGACCCGACGACUAGUAUUGACAUUACCGGUAGAACAUCUACUCCACGGACAACGCCUUAAAAACACAAUCAUUCACUGGGCUGUUCUUCGUGGUGAUCUCGGUUUGGUUCAGUAUGUCCUGGAUCACCAUCGAUCAUUGGUAAACGAAACCAAUGUGUUUGGCGAAACUCCGCUUGGCUUUGCUGUACGCUACGGUUACAAUGCCAUUGCGCGGUUGUUGAUUCGUUCCGGAGCAGAUGUCAAUUCUGGACGAUGUUCUCCAGUGUGGAUCGCGUCAUGUCUUGGCGAUGCAGAUUUGAUACCUUUACUUGUAAACAAGCGCACCGACAAAAACCCAUCAUUACAUAAUCCACUGGUUGGAGCACUAGAAAACAACAACCUACAUAUAUUCAUCCAACUUUGUGAACAACAUGACUUCAGUCUACAAAUUGAAAAUCUGCUACACCGAGCAAUUCAGCUUGGACGCAGUCGAUUUCUGCAGUACAUUCUGAAGACUACACAAGCGCAAACACUGAUUCACUCACUGGAUCCCAUUGAUUUUACUCCACUCAUGACAGCCGCAGUAUGCGGUCAAACUGAAUUUCUACUUAAGCUAUUAAACCUGGGAGCAGAUCCAUGCUUCUCGAACCAAACCGGCUACACACCGUUGCACUGCGCAGUGUACAGUGGUAAACAAAAAAUCGUUGAAAUCCUUCUACAGCAACCAGGAGUCGACAUAGACGCUAUUUCAGCUGACGACAAGUUCAGCCCGGUAAGUAUUGCGAUUUCGGAAAAUAACAUUAACAUGGUAAAGUUUCUACUGAGUAGAGGUGCAAAAGUGAUGUCCCAUCAAAUCCUACAAGCAGGCUAUUUUCGGCACUAUCGAAUUCUUCGCGAACUGCUCGAACGAGAUGCCCGUUAUCUAAACGAAGCCAUAGACGUCGCUGGCAGGAAUCUACUGAUGUACGCUGUCAUAGACGAAAAUUUGCCAAUGGUGAAUUACCUGAUCGAGAAAGGAAUCGAUGUAAACUUGCGAGCGUUUGGAGGGCUGACUACGUUGCAUAUUGCCGCGAGCAAAAAUAACUCUGCUAUUUGCGACCGCUUGCUAGAAUCGGGUUCCUCGGUUGAUGUAGCAGACGAUGAAGGUCGAACUGCUUUGAUCAUCGCUCUGGAGCAUGAGUACGUAUCUGUAGCACGAUUGCUGUUGAAUCAUGGAGCUAAUCAGGAAUACGCUCGGAAUUUCCGGUAUAUGGGAUCUCUGGGUGCCAAUCUACUGCAUAAAUUUGCGCAAGAGAAUCGUAGCGAUAUGAUUCGACUGUUGGUUGAUCAGUUUCAUUUCGAUAUUUCGCUAGUCGAUGAUAACGGUCAAACUGCUCUGGAUUAUGCAGUUGAGCGAAAACACGAUGCCGUUAUUGCAAUGCUUUCCAAUGUAAAUUAGACUAGUUCGUUCGGCAGCAGGAUUUAGGCUGUUUUCUUUGUUUGCUAUUAAAUAAUUAAAA